GGGAUUCUACCAGAGCGCUAGCGGCGCCAAAACCUGCGCGGAGUGCAGCUCUGACGAGACCACAGCCUCACUGGCUUCCAUAUCCGCCUCGGAAUGUGUGCCCGGCGAACCAUCUCUGUGUAAUCAGUUCAAGUGCCAGAACGGCGGCACGUGCAAAGUGGCAGGACACGACUACUUCUGCAUCUGUAGAGAGGGUAACACCGGACGUAACUGUGAGACCAACGUCAGCCCGUGCGCCUCUCAGCCGUGCUACAACCAGGGAGUGUGUAUACCUACUGGUACCACCACCUACCGCUGUAACUGUCCCGAUGCACAAAGCUACGCCUCCCGUGCGACGCCUACCCCUGUCUGAACGGAGCGCGCUGUGAACCUUACGGGAACAUCAGGAGGAGGUGUCUGUGUCAGCAGGGGUAUACAGGGGACUCGUGUGAACUGGACAUAGCUUUCGGCAACUGUGUCCAGGUGGUCAGCAACGUGUGUUCCCCUAACCCGUGCCUCAACAGCGGUGUGUGCUACAGGGACGGGGCCAGCUACAAAUGUUUCUGUACGCCAGGGUAUGAGGGUGCGAGGUGCCAGCACAACAUCGACGACUGUGAGCCCAACCCGUGCCAACAUGGCGGAGUGUGUACUGAUGUGGAACCACCCCCUUCCUCCACCAGCGGGAGGUUCACGUGUCAGUGCAACAGUGACACAUACGGAAACACCUGUCUGGACGGUGUGGACAUCUGCCAGGGCGCCAGCAACCCGUGCCUGGCUGGCCACAGCCGCUGUAUCGACCUGUACAGGGACUACUUCUGCGAGUGUGAGCAGGGCUACUACGGCAAGAACUGCACGGAGAAGGGCAACCUUCAGUGCGGCUCCUUCCCCUGCCAGCACGGAGGUACGUGUGUGGAGACCGGCACAUCCUACUUUUGUCAGUGCCCCGACGGCUACACUGGAGCCAACUGCGCUAGCAUUGUGGACAACUGUGUGGGGAACCCGUGUCUCAACACGGGCAACUGUGGCAGGACGCUGAGACUCUUGGGAAGUGACAAAAUGCCGCUUGCCCUUCAGACGUCGACCCCAGCCAAGUUUGUUUUACAUAAUGGAGCAGCACCUUCCUUCUUCCUCAGACAAUCUUGA